AAAAAGUUCCACACUUGUUUGGUUGGGAGAGAGCGCCCAAGUAUCCAUGUAAAAAAGACUGAUGAGAAAUUGCUUUUCUUUGUAAAGCAGCUUUCUUUGGGAUUCUGUGUGUAAUGUGAUUCUUUGGACUUGUACUGUACAGCAAGAAGAAGACAUAGAGAAAGAGGAGAGGAAGAUGCCCAGACCAGGUCCUAGGCCGUACGAGUGUGUGAGAAGAGCAUGGCACAGUGAUAGGCACCAACCCAUGAGAGGAUCAGUCAUUCAAAAGAUUUUCAGAUGCGUACACGAGAGACACAGCGCCCUUACUAAGAAGAACUCAGAGUGGCAAGUGAAGCUCCCAAUUGUGGUCUUCAAAGCUGAGGAAAUUAUGUACUCCAAAGCUAAUUCUGAGGCUGAAUAUAUGGAUCCGGAAACUCUCUGGGAUAGGGCUAAUGAAGCUAUUGAUGUGAUAAUUCGGAGGGACGAGAGUACAGAGACUGGUCAGCUCUUACCUCCUUGUGUUGAAGCUGCUCUUGUUCUUGGUUGUGUUGCGGAAAAGACAUCCCGAAGCCAACGGAACAUUAAACCGAGAAGCUACCUACCCCCAAGAACUCAAGAACAUCAUCCUAUGCCUCCCAAAGUUAUCCAUCACACUUCAAAUGAUUGCCAUUCCAACUCACUCUCUCCUCAUUCCUCAAGCCACCCUACACUUGGAAGACCCACACUUAAUUCGGUCACUUUGCCUUCAGAAUCUAAUAAGCCGGUAUCACCUAACACGUUAAACGUGGGUGCAGUAUAUCCUCUGUAUCAUGGAACCAAUUUCUCACCAAAUCUUUCACUGUCAGGCUUCCAUGGGCCUACAAGCAAUCUGAUUUGUGGCAGGCCCAAUUAUCCAGAGGCCAACCAUUUGAAGAAUUUUUUCUCCAAAUCUAUUGAAAAUCAUGCUCAAAAUGAAAGAGCGGUUCUUGGUGGUGGACCCCAAGAGGAAUGCGAUUUGUCUUUGAGGUUGGGUCAGUCUUUAGACUGUGGCCUUCAUUUGGGAAACGCUUCUGUCCGGCCAAGUGAUGAUUCUAAUGAAAGAGGCAAGUCCAAAGUUGUAUCUGCCAUUAAUCAAAGAGAGUUUUGUUUCUUUAGACGGGAAUCUACAAACGAUUCUUCUAGAUUUCCCACGAGUUGGCGGGAGUCAGAGCGGGAAGGCCAGGACAUGGGGUUGAUUCCUAGGAAGCGUAAAGAGGGCCCCACUUUUGACCAUUUCAGUGGUCAACUGAAAAGACCAGGUUUGUAGACAAUCACGUAUCAUAAGUUGUAUUGUAAUUUUUUGAGGAAGGAAAAUUUUGGGAGGCCCCCAAUGCUUUCAUCAAAAGCCCGCAUUGCUGUUUCUGCAUAUAAUGCUUAACUAUGAAGAUCUAUAUGGUGUAGCAAAUAGAAGGAAAAGGCACUAAUAAAUUCUUAAGCUGACAAUAUAAAGGAGGGAGAAAGAGUGAGAAGAAAGAAAAGGUGAUAACAAAGUUGGGUUUUGCGU